AAUAUUCUCUAGUGUUCAUGGGCAAGACAGGGAUGUGUGUGUCCUUCUCAAUGUUUAACUUGGGGUGUCAUUGGUAGGCUUUAUUUUAUUGGACUCAGAUUUUAUUUUACUUUAUAAUUCGUUCUCUCGUUUCUAGUUGUGCUUUUUUUUUUCCCUCCUAAUAUUAUUCAGUGGCCAGGAUCUAGCCAUAUUUAGAAAGUUGGUUUGCUGAAAAUUUCCAUGUAAUCCUAAUCUCCCUGCCCUGUUUUCUCCCUUUUCUCAUGAAACCAUCAGUGACAAAAACUGUGUUUUCAUUUAUGCACACAUACAGCUAUAUAUAUACUCACAACCAUUUCUCUAAAGUAUUGACUAGUCUUGGUAAAAUUUUUUUCAAAGAAGGAUUUUGCUUGUUUUAGAUGUUUAUAAUUGAUAACUUUUACACAACAAUUUAAUUCUUAAUCACCCUCUACAUUCCUAUGAUUAAAGUAUGAGUGACCAUUUCAUGGUUUAAUUAAAUGAUGUUUUUCAAGAUUAUUUAUUUCUUGAUCAUUUAUAUUUCCAGGGUUCUCAAAAUGUGGCCUCCAUCAUUUUGGGACAUUGUUUUAACUAUUAGAAAUAGAUCAUGGGAAUAUCCAAUGUGUACAGACCUUAUUUUACUGUAAUGCCAAAAGAUUGAAUAAUAAUUUAGAUUGGGAAUCCAUGAGAUCAUCUAGAGUUAUUUUUCUAGUUCUGGAACUUUCUUAGGGUCAUGGGAAGACUGUCACCAAUCUUCUGUUGAGAUACCCACCAAACAGGGAGCCACGGGUAAUGGUAGAAUGAAUAGACAAGAUGAAAACAGACUACGUACGACAGCCUGGCACCAUAGCUUACUCUGGCCUUGCAUUCAACUAUCACAUGUUUUGAAAUUCCAAGAAGACUGUGGAUUUUUCAAGGUGGCAACAGGCCCUAGCUGAAGCGCCUAGAGGGAGGAAUCAGACUGAAAAAUGGAAGAAAACUAUGCUUGGAAACUUCAGGAAGAGGCAUUAAUGACUUCAUGCUGUCCCUUGGAUCUGAGACUCCUUUCCUUUGUUUCUGUUCCAGAUGAUCGGGCUGAACAACGAACCUGUCUCAUUUGUGGGGACCGUGCUACAGGCUUGCACUAUGGAAUCAUCUCCUGUGAGGGGUGCAAAGGGUUUUUCAAGCGAAGCAUUUGCAACAAGCGGGUAUAUCGGUGCAGUCGUGAUAAGAACUGUGUCAUGUCUCGGAAGCAGAGGAACAGGUGCCAGUAUUGCCGCCUGCUCAAAUGCCUCCAGAUGGGGAUGAACCGUAAGGCAAUCAGAGAAGAUGGCAUGCCUGGAGGCAGGAAUAAGAGCAUUGGGCCAGUCCAGAUAUCAGAGGAAGAGAUCGAAAGGAUCAUGUCUGGGCAGGAAUUUGAGGAAGAGGCCAAUCACUGGAGCAACCAUGGUGACAGCGACCACAGUUCCCCUGGGAACAGGGCUUCAGAGAGCAACCAGCCUUCACCAGGCUCAACCCUGUCUUCCAGUAGGUCUGUGGAACUAAAUGGAUUCAUGGCAUUCAGGGAGCAGUACAUGGGGAUGUCUGUGCCUCCACACUAUCAGUAUAUACCACACCUUUUUAGCUAUUCUGCCCACUCACCACUUCUGCCCCCACAAGCUCGCAGCCUGGAUCCCCAGUCAUACAGUCUGAUUCAUCAGCUGGUGUCAGCUGAGGACCUGGAGCCUUUGGGCACACCUAUGCUGAUUGAAGAUGGAUAUGCUGUGACCCAAGCAGAACUGUUUGCCUUACUUUGCCGCCUGGCCGAUGAGCUGCUCUUUAGGCAGAUUGCCUGGAUCAAGAAACUGCCUUUUUUCUGUGAGCUCUCAAUCAAGGAUUACACAUGCCUCCUGAGCUCUACCUGGCAGGAGUUAAUCCUUCUGUCCUCCCUCACUGUUUAUAGUAAGCAGAUCUUUGGGGAGCUGGCUGAUGUCACCGCCAAGUAUUCACCCUCUGAUGAAGAACUGCACAGAUUCAGCGAUGAAGGGAUGGAGGUGAUCGAGCGGCUCAUAUACCUGUAUCACAAGUUCCAUCAGCUGAAGGUCAGCAAUGAGGAGUAUGCUUGCAUGAAAGCAAUUAACUUCCUGAAUCAAGAUAUCAGAGGUCUGACCAGCGCCUCACAGCUGGAGCAGUUGAACAAGCGAUAUUGGUACAUUUGCCAGGAUUUCACUGAAUACAAAUAUACUCAUCAGCCAAACCGCUUUCCUGAUCUCAUGAUGUGCUUACCUGAGAUUCGGUAUAUUGCAGGAAAGAUGGUGAAUGUACCCCUGGAACAGCUCCCCCUCCUCUUUAAGGUGGUGCUGCAUUCCUGCAAGACAAGUGUGGGCAAAGAAUGACCUGUUCCCAGGAUCCCUCCUCAGGCCUCCACAAUGCCUUGGGUGGGCAGGACAGGCUCCGGAGGAAAGAGCCAGAGAGACCAAGAUGGAGGCUGUGGAGCCGCGUUUCCAGAUGCUUCCAUAUCAAGAAGAGUUUUUUGUUUGUUUGUCUGUUUUUUUAACCUCAUUUUUCUAUAUAUUUAUUUCACGACAGAGUUGAAUGUAUGGCCUUCAACAUGAUGCACAUGCUUUUGUGUGAAUGCAGCCGAUGCAUUUCCUUGCAGUUUACAGAAUGUGAAGA